AUGGAUAGUAAAAAUAUUAUUCUACAGGAAAAUCUCCAACAAAUUAGAAAAAUUACAGAAACCUGUGGCGAAAAAGUGAAUGUUUCGAAAAAUACCCAGAAGAUAGCGCCACCAGCUAAGUUUACUAGAAGUUUAUCUAACGGAAACAAAAUUCCUGUCGAUAUUACGAUAAUAAAUACACAUAAACAAAACAAUAAGGUAACGCUGGAAACAAACAAUAUACAAAACAUGAAUAUAAAAAAUGCUUCACAAAAUCCAAGCACGUCAAACAAAACCAAAGCAUUGGCAACACCGCAAUCGUACGCAAUGGCUGCGAAAGCAAGUGUUUUGACAGAUAACCAAAACACACAAAAUGUAAAUAAUUAUACUUUGGUACAAUCUAAAAAGAAAAAGAAGAAUUUGGGCACGAACGAGAGCUCGUCUGGUUUUGUAGGUGUUGAGAAAAGAGUUUGGAUCUAUUUUCAUCGAAUACAAAGAACAGUAACUAAAACUAAUAUUGAAUCAUUUAUCAAAGACCAGCCUGGUUUAUUGGACUCUGAUAUUAAUGUGAAAGAACUUCCCACGAGUGAAACCCAAAACAAAUGUUUUGUACUAGAUGCGCACUUCGAUCUAAAAGACAAACUAUAUGAUCCAAGUUUUUGGCCAAAGGGAGUGGGUAUUAAAAGGUACAGAUUUGAUAAACACAGAGAAAAUAAUAAAUCUUUUUUAUAGAUACAGAUAAAAACUUCAAA